AACGCACGCGACAUCUUGUGUGCAGGAGGAGAAAAUGUCACGAGAGCAACACAGGAGGCCUCCGCUUAAACGGAGGAUGCGAGAGGUCCGUUUGUCACACGCAAAGAUCACAAUAUUCACUCCCAAGUCAGACCUCAAAUCAAACCCCUCAUCAGACCCCCCCCAGUCUCCACCACACCGAGUCGUGUUUCCCCACAGAGCCACGAGGCCUCACAGGACACCUGUUGGGUCUGGUUGCCGACAUGGAGCAACACUCGUAUUACAGCUCGCCGUCCCGGAGACGGGGAGGGGAGCGUCGCUCCGGAGCUCUGCACGGGCUUUCUGGAUGCUGUUUAAACAGUCUGAGAAGAGCGACUGGACAGCCGGCUGCCAGCAGGCCGCCUGCUAUUUGACACCCAGGAUGAAGAAGUUUUUGCAAAACAAGAAGGGCCGGUACUCUCUCCGGCGGGGCUCUCGCUGUCCAUCCAAGGAUUUCUUCCUCAGCAUGCCGUCGUCCAACCAGGCGUGGCCCGAUGAGUUCGGCUUCCAGCUGGGGGGCAGCGGGCCCAGUUACAUCCUGUCCGUGGAGGAGGGCAGCAGCGCCCACCUGGCGGGGCUGCAGGCGGGGGAUCAGGUCCUGGAGCUGGAGGGCCACAACGUGUCGACGCUGGCUCCCCAAGCGGUCGUGGCCAUCGCCCAGACUCAGAAGAACGUCCCCCCCAGCAUCGGAGUGGUGUCCCGCAUACAGCAGAUGGACAUCAUACCCGGUCCGGACGGACGUUUUGGCUUCACCAUCGUGGGAGACUGCCCCCUGCUGGUUGAGGACUGCUCGCCCUGCUCGCCGGCCGGCCGGGCGGGUCUGAGAGCCGGGGAUUACGUCGUGGAGGUCGACGGCGUCCCCGUCCGGCAGCACGAGGCGGCCGCGGCGAUGAUCAAGGCCUCCCAGGGGAGGACGCUGCGCCUGGGGGUGCUGUGUCUCGGGCCCAGGCAGAAACACGGCGUCGGCGCCGAGGACGGCCAGACGGGGGCGGAGGGAGCGAGGCUGGACCGCAAACAUAAAGCUCUGGAGUUCAAUGCCAGGGUCGACCAGAUUUUAGGCGAGGAGCCCGAAGUGAAGGAGAAGCUCUUCACCGCGCUGAAGCAGUACGCCGCCGAGAAGCGGGUGGAGUGGCUCGCCUCCGUCCUGCCCGACGUGCUCGCCACCGACGAGCACCGGCAGCUCAUCUCCAGCAUCCGAAUCUUCAUUCAGAAGCACCGGCAGCGCUUCGACGAGGCCGUGUCCCAGAACGUGAUCAACCGCCUCUGUCGCAGCAAGAGCAUCAGCGAGCCGCACGCCCGCAUCCGCCGCAGCCGCAGCGAGGACCACUCGGACCGCCGCCACGGCUCCAAGCGGGCCAGCUCGGUGCCCCGAGACGGGGAACCGGGGGGAGGGGGAGGCGGAGAGAGACAGGGGCCCCCGAGGAAGUCCGUCCCCGCGGUACCCGCGCACCCCCCCAUCGGACCCCACUACAGGAUCCUCCGCGUGUACCGCGGCAAGAAGAACUUCGGCUUCACGCUGCGAGGACAUGCGCCCGUCUGCAUCGACUCCGUCAUCUCAGACAGCCCUGCUGAAGAAUGUGGACUGAAAAUAGGCCACCGGAUCCUCUUCCUCCAUGGACUGGACAUGAGGAACUGCUCCCAUGAGAAGGUAGUGUCCAUGCUGCAGGGCAGCGGGGCCAUGCCCACGCUGGUGGUGGAGGAGGGUCCAUCAGACUACUCCUCGGACCAGAACGACCCGGAGGACUCUCCCAGCCUGGCCCCCGCGGCGGUGCCGCGCUCCAGGUCUCCGGCCCUCAGCUCUCUGCAGUGGGUGGCAGAGAUCCUCCCGCCGAGCAUCAAGGUCCACGGGCGGACCUUCAGCCAGCAGCUGGAGCACCUGCUGACCAUCCAGGAGCGCUACGCGGUCUGCAAGUCCCUGGAGACCUUCUUCCAGCACCGGAACGUGGACACUCUGAUCGUAGACGUGUUUCCGGUGUUGGACACCCCGGCCAAACAGCUGAUCUGGCAGUUCGUUUACCAGCUGCUGACGUACGAGGAGCAGGAGCGCUGCCGCGGGAAGCUGUCGCGCUUCCUGGGAUUCAAGAGCAGCGGAGUCUUGGAGCCUGAAAGCGGCCCGGAGCUCCACCGGCGGAGCAGCUCCGUGCGCGUGACGGGAACGUCGUACCGAGGCUGCGUUCGGGAGAGGAGCUCUGACGACUGCAUCAUCGGGACCCACCUGGGGAUGGGAAUUCACGUGGAUGAAUCUGGGAGCCCGGAGGAGAGGCAGUCGGGAGACGGAACCUCCUUCCCCGAGUCCCCCGACCUCAGUCACAUGGCCGGCGUGUACACGGAGCUGGAGAACGUGUACGCCGCGGGGAAGAGCGCGUCGGCGGCGCCGCGGCGCGGCUCCUCGGCGGAGCCGGAGGGCGCGGGACAGACCGAGGCCUUCGGGCGCUCGCUCUCCCCCCUCACCCUCCCCCCCCUCACAGGUAGUCGGAAGUCCGGCCUGUCCCUGUCCUGGAAGGAGCCCCUCCCCACCCCCGUGUACGAGAUCCACCACCAGAGCAGCGUGGACUCCAACCCCUACGUCAGCCUGGAAAGCCCCCCCGCGUCCCCUCAGCACUCGGACGGCGGUCCCAACACGCUCACCCGCCGCAAGAAGCUGUUCACCUUCUCCCGCCCGCCUCGCAGCCGGGACACGGACAAGUUCCUGGACGCUCUGAGCGAGCAGCUGGGCCAUCGCGUCACUCUGGUGGACGACUUCGUCCCCGGGGAGAACGACUACGAGGAGAUAUAUCACGGUGGUUGUCAUGGUUUCAGAAGAAGAGGGGUGCCUAUGAGUUUCCAGGAGGACCAGGACUCGGGCUUCGCGCCUCGCCGGCUCAGCAGCGGCAGCAGUGAGGAGCAGAGCAGCGAGGCCUCCUCUCCCUCCUACUCCUCGGAGUCCGAACCCAUCCCGCCGCCCCUCAACCCAGAGGCCCCCGCCCGCCCCCGGCCUUUCCAAGCUCUGAUACCGGCCCCCGUUCAGUUCACGGACCCCCUGCCGCCAGUCCGCUUCUCGCCUGAGGACGUUACACGGCAGCCGAAUGCCCUUCCAGCGCAAAACCCCAUCAUCCCGUCCCCCCAGCCGCCUCUCCGGACCAUUCUGUCCCACCGCUGCCCUGUGAACAAAACGCCCUCCACGAGGGGACGAAGUCGAGAAAACCCCCACCCGCAAAUAGACCGCGUCACCCGCCUGUCCCACGGCCACGCCCCCCCGGGCUCCAGCACCCUGCGCUCCGCCCAGCCGUCUCGGCCCUGCUACCUGCCCCGGCAGCUCAGCCAGCCGCAGCCCAUCCUGCAGCCCUCCCCCCUGCCCUCCCCCCUGCCCUCCCCCCAGCAGCUGAGACCCAGCCAGCUGGUCCUGCAGAGACACCACCAGCUCCACCACCAGCACAGCUACCAGGGCCCGCUGCCCCCCUCCCUCCGGGACCACGGCUCGUCCACGUGUCAGAGCCAAGGCCCCCCGGCCUCUCACUCCACCCUCCCCAGUCACAGCAAGACCUACGAAGCCCCCCGGCAGGAACACCAGCCCCCCCAGGCGCUGCCCCCGCCGCCUCCACCCCUUCCUCCGCCCUGUGACCCGCCUCCGCUGCCCAAGCCGGGCCACCAGGCCUCGGACACCACCCACAUGAGUGUGAAGAGGCUGCGCUGGGAGCAGGUGGAGAACUCUGAGGGAACGAUAUGGGGUCAGCUGGGAGAGGACUCCGACUGUGACAAGCUCACUGACAUGGUGAAGUACUUGGACCUCGAUCUGCACUUCGGGACUCAGCGGCAAACCAUUUCCCCUCCAGAGGCGACCUUCUUGCCCGACAGCUUUAAAAAGAAGGACGUGGUGGAGAUUCUGUCUCACAAGAAAGCCUACAACGCCUCCAUCCUCCUCGCCCACCUGAAGCUCUCCUCCAGCGAGCUGCGGCAGGUGCUGAUGAACAUGGCGACGGAGCGGCUGGAGCCGGCUCACAUCAAGCAGCUGCUGCUCUACGCGCCGGACGACGACGAGGUCGAGCGGUACGAGCGGUUCGAGCAGGACCCGGCAAAGCUGAGCGAGCCCGACCGCUUCAUCUUCCAGAUGCUGAUGGUGCCCGAGUACAAAACCCGCCUGCGGAGCCUCCACUUCAAGACCACCCUGCAGGAGAGGACGGAGGAGAUGAAGGCCGCGUACGAUUGCAUCUACAAGGCCUCCGUGGAGCUGAAGGGCAGCAAGAAGCUGGCCAAGAUCCUGGAGUUCGUGCUGGCGAUGGGGAACUACCUCAACAACGGGCAGCCCAAGAGCCACAAGACCACCAGUUUCAAGAUCAGCUUCCUGACCGAGCUGAGCACAACCAAGACCGUGGACGGGAAGUCCACCUUCCUCCACAUCCUGGCCAAGUCUCUGUGGCAACACUUCCCCGAGCUGCUCAACUUCUCCAGAGACCUGAGCACGGUGCCGCUGGCAGCCAAAGUGAACCAGAAGACCGUCGCAGCAGAGUUGAGUGACCUCGGCUCCACCAUCCUGGACAUCAGGAAGGCCUGUCUGAAGGUCCCCCCCACCUCCGAGGACCACUUUGCCUCUGUGAUGAGCAGCUUCCUGGAGAACAGCCACCCUGCGAUCCAGUCUCUGGAGUCCCUGCAGACUCAGGCCAUGGAGGAGUUCUGCAAGGUGGCCUCCUUCUUUGGGGAGGACGGCAAGUCGGCCAACACGGAGUCCUUCUUCGGCAUCUUUGCAGAGUUCAUCUGCAAGUUUGAGGUGAGCUGGUCCUGCUGAGAGGAGAGGAUGUGUUCUAAUAUAUAUAAUAUAUAUAUAAUAGUGUUUGGUGGAUUCAACCUGCAGUGAUUGUGUCACAGACUGGAAGCAGCGCGCGAUGACCUCAUCUUUUUAAUGGAAUAUAAUUCUAUGCUAUUUGUAGUGACAUCUCACACACUGUACUAUUCAUUGUUUGAUGGUAGGAAAUGCUGCACAUUUCAACAGAAAACCAUCAGAAUAGACGGCAAAAGAAAAUUUAACAUUAACAUUUAACAACAAUUAUUGAUUAAUAAACGAUAGAAUAAAGGGAUACUGUGACAUUUAGUUCUGUUAGUUUUAUAUAUUUUUCUUUAUGAUGUUUCUAUGACAUAUGAGAGCAUCUUGUACUUAAUGAGCUGUGAAAGACUUUGUGAAUUCAUCUUGACGUUCCAGCUGUAGAAUCCCCAAAUAUGAAAAAUAAUCAGUCAAAAUGAGGUAUAAAUCACGUGAGAUGUUUUUUUGUCUUGCAGAGAGCCCCUCACUGAAACCCAGACUGCAGAAAACCCCCUGAGUCCCCAGGCUGUCCUCCCCCCCUGGCCUGGUGAAGACCUUCUCAAGGCCUGGUGAAGACCUUCUAAAGGCCAAAUGAAGACCUUUUGAAGGCCUGGUGAAGACCUUUUGAAGGCCUAAUGAAGACCUUUUGAAGGCCUGGUGAAGACCUUCUGAAGGCCUAAUGAAGACCGUCUAAAGGCCUGGUGAAGACCUUCUAAAGGCCUAAUGAAGACCUUCUAAAGGCCUAAUGAAGACCUUCUAAAGGCCUGGUGAAGACCUUCUAAAGGCCUAAUGAAGACCUUUUGAAGGCCUGGUGAAGACCUAAAGGCCUAAUGAAGACCUUUUGAAGGCCUGGUGAAGACCUUCUAAAGGCCAAAUGAAGACCUUCUAAAGGCCAAAUGAAGACCUUCUAAAGGCCUGGCGAAGACCUUCUAAAGGCCUAAAGAAUACCUUCUAAAGGCCUGGUGAAGACCUUCUAAAGGCCUGGUGAAGACCUUCUAAGGGCCUAAUGAAGACCUUUUGAAGGCCUGGUGAAGACCUAAAGGCCUAAUGAAGACCUUUUGAAGGCCUAAUGAAGACCUUCUAAAGGCCUAAAGAAUACCUUCUAAAGGCCUAAUGAAGACCUUCUAAAGGCCUGGUGAAGACCUUCUAAAGGCCUAAAGAAUACCUUCUAAAGGCCAAAUGAAGACCUUCUAAAGGCCAAAUGAAGACCUUCUAAAGGCAUGGUGAAGACCUUCUAAAGGCCUAAAGAAUACCUUCUAAAGGCCUGGUGAAGACCUUCUAGAGGCCUGGUGAAGACCUUCUAGAGGCCUGGUGAAGACCUUCUAAAGGCCUGGUGAAGGGAUGGAAGCAGACGUCAGGCACAGAACUCCCCAAACCCAAAGUGGCGGGACCCCCUACGGAGACACUGAGGUCUGCAGACAGAAGGAAAACGGGCUCCAUUCAUCCGUAGAACCACGGCGGCUGAGGAGAGCUGCUGUUGACACAUCAGACAUCCACAGCAGCAUUUCCAUCUUUAGUACAAACGGCACACAGCGACAGUAAAAGGUGACUUGAUGCUUUAAGACGAGGCGCAAGUAAUAAAACCAGCUGGUCGCAUUUGACCAGGUUACCUGUUUAAUACGACGAUAUAAAGUUUAUAUUUUCUAUCAGAUCAUAUUUGAGAACUGUAAAGAUUGAGCGUAGAUGUAGACAGUCAUCGAGGAGCAGCAGAAGUGUAGAUCAGUUAGCGUGUAGUUAGCGUGCACAGAGCCGAUUUGAUUUAGAAAGAGUUUCUAAACAUCUGGAAUCCACAUCAAGCAAAUGGAAAACCUGCAACAAUCAUUUCAAUGUAGAGUAUUUAACAUGAAGUGUUCAGUAUUUAUUUUAACGAGUAGCUUCUGCGUAGACGCAUCGGCCUCACUGCUCCAUAACGUGUUCAUAGACGUCUAACCAGUGAAACCACGAAGGUCACGAGGUCACGCUCUCUUUAGGACUCCAGUAGUGGGGGGGGGGGGUCAAACGUGCAUGCGGAGUGAGAAUGUGAUGCGUGGUACAGUAAAGGGACACAUUUGCUGUUUUUCUGGUCGUCAUGGCGACCGGCCGACUCCUCCAGCAUGCGGCGUGUGGUAACUAUAGUUUCCAUUCAGCUUGUGUGUCUUGUUUCCUUAUUGAAGUCAUCUGGAAGGGAUCCAUGUCAUUCCUGUUUUAACAUGUAUCGCAUGUUGGUAGCGUGUAGCGUGUGCAGCUGGUAGCGUUCCCUGUUUAACAUUAAAGGAAAGUAUCUUGUG